AUAUAUAUAUAUAUAUAUAUAUAAUUGCAAUCUGUGCAAUAUGGAAGGGUGAUUAUGACUGGACAUUGAUUCAAAUGAAUCUCCUGUAUUGCAGACAGCAGGGUGCCUGGUGCACUACAUACUGACAGAUGGAGAGCACCCCUAUCAAGCAACUACACCCUACUCCAACGAUCCACUGACGUUAUUUCAAAAUCUCAGAGCGGGCACCUUUACUCUUCAGUGCGAGGAAAGGCAUCAAGGUAUCAUUGGCAGAAUGCUGUGUAAAUCGACAGAAGCACGCCCUACCAUUGAAGAAUGCCUUCAAGCCAUCACAAGUUUCACACACCAAGCUGAUCACAAGGGAGUCACAAACAACAGUAAUAACAAUGGAAAGAAAGACCAAACCCACAUAGCCAAUUGCUCUCCUCAAGCAUCAAAUGAGAUUGACACUCAACACAGUGCCAACAGUGAUCAGCCAGGGAGUGUCUGCAAUGUAGUGAUGGAUUCCUCUUCUCACAUUGAAGAUGAUACAGAAAUAGAACCACAGAUCUCCCUUUCCCUUGAUAUGUCAGAAGAAGAAGAUGAUAUUGAUGAUGAACCGACAGAAGUAGAUGAUGAAGUAGCCAAGAAAGUCAUCACAAAAAAAGCAGUUAAGACUGGGAUGAAAACGGAUGAAAAUGUCCUUGAAUGCAGUUUGAAGGGUGUCAAAGUGAAAAUGUCCUCAAACACCCCACACAAACGUGUCUAUGACAAGAAAAAUUAUUGCCUCUAUUGUGAGAAGCCUUUCAGAAAAGUUACAAGACACCUGAUGCGAAAACAUCAAGAUGAAGUUGACAUUGCAAAGGCACUUGCACACAAGCAAGGAUCCACGAUGCGCAGUCUUCUUCUGAGCAAAAUAAGGAACAAGGGAAAGUACAUACAUAACUGUUCAGUCAAAUCCGCACGUCAAGGACAAAUGGUACCAAAAAGACAAACAACCUACUUGUUGUCAGCAACAGACUUUCUGCCAUGCUAUUUUUGUUUGGCUAUGUACAUCAGAACAGAUCUCUGGAGGCAUCAAAGGCGUUGCAAAUUGAGACCAGACGGGCCAGUGAAACGAAAAGUUCAGACAUAUUAUAUUCACAGCCUUUGAAAAAAAAUGUGUGAAAACCUCACCAGGAUAGAAGUGCGUGGGAAAAGAGGACACAAAGUACCAAUACUCCUUUCAACAGAUACAAAAGAAUCCAUAGAUCUUCUGAUCAACACUAGAGACAAUGUUGGGGUUUCUCCAAGCAACCCCUACAUUUUUGCCUGUCCUGUCAAAGAGUCUGUGGAGCCUAUUGGAUGAUCAAUGUUCAAUGUCAUUCUGGGAGCUCGCAUAUGGAGUAUCAAUGUAGAGUGUUAAUACUGAGAGUCCAGUAAAAUGGAGCUUUCAGUGUUAGACUCAUAACAUUGGUAGUCCAUGUAAAUGGAGCAUCCACUGAUGCUCCAUUUACAAUGACACUUCAUUGUUUUAAUUACCACUAACUCUUCAUUGUUUGUAUUGUGCCUUGCUUGUCAUUGUAUUAUGUCUUGCUUUUCAUUAUUUUAUUGCCUGUUGCAAUUUUUUAUUAUGCUCUUCUUGAUUAUUAUUUAAUUUUUAUUGUUAAUAACGACCUCUUGCUUUUUAAAAAAUAUUUUCAUUGUCUGUAGCUCUUUUCAUGGUUUUUAAAUGCGUCUCCCUAUUUUUCUAUCACUUUUAAUAUUUCUGUAAUUUGUGUGUUAUCGUUGUGGUCACUCAUCACUGAGGGUGGAAAGUCUGCACU